AUGGAUGGAACGAAGCUCCCACCAGAGUAUCUCAACCGUUAUAGCAGUGCAACCUCGAGGAUUCCUGGGCUACAGCUAACGGAAAUUCCCAAGACACCAAUAGCACCUGCAGUACCCGUCUCCUCAAAGCAAGAUGAAUCACCCGCUCCUCGGCCAGCUUGGUAUAAUCCCAGAGGCUGGUCACUACGUAGGAGAUUGAUAGUCGCUAUCGGCAUUUUAACCGCAAUCGUGGUCAUUGUCGUUGGCACAGUCGAGGGAGUCAGAGCCAACCGAUAUCCUGAUUAUAGCCCCUUGAACUAUAAACUAGUUGAUUCGUACGAAGGGGCGUCAUUCUUUGAUCGAUUCAACUACUUCUCCGAUCAAGAUCCCACAGAUGGAACUGUAGUGCACAUUAGAUAUGUCAACGAAGACGCAGCUUUAGAUCUGAACCUCACAUACGCUACGGACACAUCUGCCAUUUUGCGAGUCGAUUCCGUCACACCCAAGGCUAUUGGCGGCCGUAACUCAGUACGGAUCGAAUCUUGGUCAACAUACGACAACGGCCUCUUCAUAUUCGACAUUAUUCAUACUCCGUACGGCUGCGGUACCUGGCCCGCACUAUGGCUCACGGAUGGAUACAACUGGCCCGAUAAUGGUGAAAUUGAUGUCCUCGAAACGACAAAUGAGGGCUCACACGGAAACGACGUCACCCUUCACACCACUGAGGGAUGUAAGAUGAACGUGAAGCGGAAACACACGGGGUAUCCAGUGUUCUCAAACUGCGAUAACACCACGCACAGCAAUGCUGGAUGCAUGAUAACCGGUACUCCGUCCACAUAUGGCCGUUUAAUGAACGAGAAUGGAGGUGGAAUAUAUGCACUCGAGAUCCGUGACGCUGGCAUUCGCGUUUGGUUCUUCCCGCGCGACUCCAUUCCUGGAGAUAUCAAUUCUCCCGAUCCUUCAACCUGGGGCAUUGCUUUUGCCGAUUUCCCCAGCACUGAAUGCGAUAUUCCCUCUCACUUUAAGAACCAGAGCAUUAUUGCUAAUAUUGAUCUCUGUGGAGAAUUAGCUGCUCAGCCACAGUUUUACACUGAACGCGAUCAUUGCCCUGGCACCUGCGCAGAGUUUGUGGCCAAUAACCCUUCCAGUUUUGAAGAUGCAUACUGGGAGUUUGCUAGUUUCAAGGUUUACCAAGCUAUGUGA